UUUCCUUUCCUUGGCGGACCAAUAGAGGCAAUAACGCGCAGUUUCGGGUUCCUUGCGUCUCACCCAGCUGUUAUUUUUUUAAGGAAGAAGACAAACAAAUCUUGGAGAAUACGGGGAUUCCUUUAUCAUUUCAAUAAAGCAUUUACAUCCCUGAGUUUUGGCGAGCAUCUGGGCUGUUUGACAGGCUACAUAAGCUGUUUUUUCUUUACCUGGUUGAAUUUUCUCUGAGAUGGAAGUGAGAUGUCGUCCAGCGGUGAUGUGCUGUGUCUUUGCCAUCCUCUGCUCCGCCGUUCCCGGCUCCGUGGGUGCCUUUUACGGGGACAGACAGUACCUCAACGAGUGGGCUGUGGAGAUCCCAGGCGGACUUUCUGCUGCAGAGGCGAUCGCCAGAGAGCUGGACUACGAGCUGGUCCGACAGAUUGGGGCCCUGGAAAACCAUUUCUUGUUCAAACACCGCAACCAUCCUAGCAGAAUGAAACGAAGUGCCGACCACAUCACUAAGCGACUGUCAGAGGAUGAUCGGGUGUCGUGGGCCGAGCAGCAGUACGAGAAACGCCGCACUAAGCGAGCAUCCCUGGGGGAGUGCAGGGACUGUCCAGUGGACAAGCUGUUCGACGACCCCAUGUGGAACCAGCAGUGGUAUUUGCAAGACACACGGACGUCUUCCUCGCUGCCUAAGCUGGACCUACAUGUGAUCCCAGUGUGGAAGAAAGGCAUCACAGGGAAAGGAGUGGUCAUUACUGUGCUAGAUGAUGGACUGGAGUGGAACCACACAGACAUCUACUCCAACUACGAUGCAGCAGCCAGUUAUGAUUUUAACGACAACGACCCGGAUCCUUUCCCCAGAUACGACUCUACCAAUGAGAACAAGCAUGGGACCAGGUGUGCUGGGGAGAUUGCUAUGCAGGCAGACAACAAUAAAUGUGGUGUCGGUGUGGCAUACAACUCCAAGGUUGGAGGGAUUCGUAUGUUGGAUGGGAUUGUGACUGAUGCCAUCGAGGCCAGCUCUAUUGGCUUCAAUCCAGACCAUGUGGACAUCUACAGUGCCAGCUGGGGACCCAACGAUGAUGGCAAGACGGUGGAGGGCCCUGGCCGUCUGGCCCAGAAGGCCUUUGAAUAUGGCAUCCAGAAGGGCCGUGGAGGGAAAGGCUCCAUCUUUGUUUGGGCUUCGGGCAAUGGAGGCCGCCAGGGUGAUAACUGUGACUGUGACGGCUACACAGACAGCAUCUACACCAUCUCCAUCAGCAGUGCCUCCCAGCAGGGCCUCUCCCCCUGGUACGCUGAGAAGUGCUCCUCCACUCUGGCAACCGCCUACAGCAGUGGAGACUACACUGACCAGAGGAUCACGAGCGCUGAUCUACAUAACGAAUGCACUGAGACUCACACUGGAACCUCUGCCUCUGCCCCACUGGCUGCUGGGAUAUUUGCCCUGGCACUGGAACAGAAUCCACAGCUCACCUGGAGAGACCUGCAGCACAUUGUGGUGUGGACCUCGGAGUUUGAUCCUUUGGCCAAUAACCCAGGCUGGAAGAGGAACGGGGCAGGGCUCAUGGUCAACAGUCGCUUCGGCUUCGGCCUUCUCAACGCCAAAGCGCUGGUGGACCUGGCCGACCCAGCUACCUGGAAACACGUCCCAGAGAAGAAGCAGUGUAUCGUCAGGGAUGACUCUUUCCAGCCAAGGGCACUGAAAGCAGCGGGGGAGAUCACUAUAGAGAUUCCCACCAAAGCCUGUGCAGGGCAGGAGAAUGCAGUCCGCUCCCUGGAGCACGUGCAGGUGGAGGCCAGCAUCGAAUACACCAGGAGAGGGGACCUACACAUCACACUCACCUCCCCAUCCGGCACCAGCACAGUGUUGCUGGCUGAGCGAGAGAGGGACACGUCCUCUAACGGCUUCAGAAACUGGGACUUCAUGUCUGUCCAUACUUGGGGAGAAGACCCUGCUGGCACAUGGACCCUAAAGAUCACUGAUACUUCUGGACGUAUGGAGAAUGAGGGCCGGAUUUUGAACUGGAAAUUGAUUCUCCAUGGAACCUCGGAGAAGCCGGAGCACAUGAAAAAACCCAGAGUAUACAUUCCCUACAACGCUGUGCAGAAUGACCGACGUGGAGUGGAACAUAUGGAUGACAUGAUGGAGGAGCCCACCCAGGCUCAUCCACCACCUCAGAAGACUGAGACCGCCCAAACCUCCCCUGCUGCCAACCCUCAGCAGGAACCCAGAAAGGCUCCCAUCUCACCCUACUCCCCCACUGUGGCCCUGCUUCGCCUCCUGCAGACGGCCUUCAACAGGCAGACCCCAGCUAUCCAGCCCCAGUCCCCGGCCAGGGCUUCAUCCACCUGGGUGAAGCAGCACCUGGACAAGAGCCUCUCUCCACCCACACGACUCCCACCUCAGAAGCUCUUCCAGGCAUUGGACAGGAUCAACAAGUACCGGGGCGCAGAGGACAGUCUGUACAGUGACUACAGCGAUGGUUUCUACAGCAACAAGCCAUACAGGCACAGAGAUGACCGGCUGCUUCAGGCGCUGUUUGAUAUGAUAGCCGUUGACCGCCAGUGAAGGCCUGAGCAGAGGAGCGGAGAGGAGAGGGAGUAUAAGGAGAAACAGAAGAGGGGGGAAAGGCAAACAGACAAGGGGGAAGCAGGGUUACACAUUGGGUAGGGAGGAGAGGAAGAAGAGGGAGGGAUAAGGAGAAGAGAGCAGAGAGCAGAUGAAGGGAAAAGGUAUCAGGGGAGUGGAGGAUAAGAGAAGGGAAGUGAGAAAAAAAGGGGAACUCUUCCACUCAGUUCCGUUGUUCCCGAAAUGCUGCAUUUCUGAUCUUCUCACAUUUAUACUCCAACGGCCAUUCAUCCAUUCAUUGUUUAUUUACUCAACACACAAAAUGUUAUAUAUUUUGUCCAUGAAUCCACAUGCCGUUCAAAACGAUGACUGACAGCUCUGUCUUGUUUAGCGAUCUGAGCCUCCCUUCUACAAACUGUGUCUCCGUGUAGUGAAAAUGAAAAUGAAAAGUGAAAACAUUUCGACCCCAAGAAAGGAGGCCAGAAAAGGGGG